GGAAAUAUGGCGCAUAGAGCAGUGCACAUACCAGUGAUAUUCAUUGUUUCAACCUAUUCCUUUACCGCAUUCUGUUUGUAUAUUUUCGUUUCUUUUGCACCAUUUGAAACAGUAAACGCUGACAAUGUGUUCAGUGCAAGCCACACAACUACUGUACCCGUUGCUGCCGCCAGGGAUUUACGGUAUUUGUUGUAUGACGUGAACCCCCCGGAGGGUUUCAACCUGCGGAGAGAUGUGUAUAUCCGCAUGGCCUCCCUGGUGAAGACUUUGAGGAAGGAAGGGGAUGACUGGGUAUUGGUGCUUCCUCCAUGGGGUCGUCUCUACCACUGGCAGAGCCCCAACAUCCACCAGAUCCGCAUCCCCUGGGGAGAGUUCUUUAGCCUCACCAGCCUGCAGGCCAAUGUGCCUGUCAUUGAGUAUGAGGAAUUCAUUGCUGAGAAUGGAGGCCCAUUCAUAGACCAGGUUCUAGUACUGCAAAACUACGCUGAGGGAUGGACUGAUGGAAAAUGGGAAGAAAAGGUUGAUGAACGGUCAUGCAUUGAGAAGUUGAUGUACUCCAAAGAUAAACAGGGCUACUACAGGGGCUGGUUUUGGGGCUAUGAGGAAACAAGAGCUCGAAAUGUGAGCUGUAUAUCAGCCCAAGGUCACGCCUCUAUCAUGGCCCCAGUUCUUCAGAAAAACAUCACAGUGACAUCAGUAAUGCUUGACCGAGCUGAGACACUCCUUCAUGAUCACUAUGCUGGGAAGGAUUACUGGGAUACCCGCCGCAGCAUGGUCUUUGCCAAGCACCUGCGACUCAUAGGAGAUGACUUCAGAGCAAAGUACCUGAAUUCUACAGAUGACAGAGACCACACCAUUUACAGUGAGGAUUGGACUCGCAUGAAAGCCAAGCUGGGCUCAGCUAAAGGUGGUCCAUAUCUGGGGGUCCACCUGCGCAGAAAGGACUUUAUCUGGGGUCACAGAGAGGAUGUACCCAGCCUUAAGGGGGCAGUCAAAAAAAUUCGCAGCUUGACGAAGAAGCACAAACUUGACAAAGUGUUUAUUGCAACAGAUGCAGAUGAGGAAGAAUUGAAGGAGCUGAAAAAGCUGCUGCCAGACAUGGUGCGGUUUGAACCAUCAACAGAGGACCUGGAGCUCUUUAAAGAUGGAGGAGUGGCCAUCAUUGACCAGUGGAUAUGUGCUCAUGCAAGAGUGUUCAUAGGAACAUCUGUGUCCACCUUCUCUUUCCGGAUCCAUGAAGAGAGGGAGAUCCUGGGUUUUGACCCCAAAACUACGUACAGUCGUUUCUGUGGAGACACUGAGAAAGAAUGCGAACAGCCCACACACUGGAAAAUUGUUUAUUGAUGUGACCUCUGACUUACCUGACACACACAAGUGCCAAAAAGCAGUGUUAAAAGUGACAUUUAUUUGUAUGGAAUAUAAUAGGAAGAUACUAUAGCUGUUUUGUGGUGUAUUUUUUAUGGUUUCAGAGUUGUGCAAUCAGGUCUGCAAUGACCACUGUGACUGAACCUUAAGCUCAAAAGGCCAUGACUAGCUGCCAAACAUGAAUUACUGUAAUAUUAAACCAUGAAAUCUUCAUAUAUAUUUUUUUGGUUCUAUGUUGAAUGUGGUUUCUUUCAUGACACCUUGGUGUUUUAGAUCAUUUCUA